UGCAGGUGCGGGGAAAAGAGCUGAUGGGAUGGAAGUUCUCUAUGGAUGUCCAAACUAACAGCUCGAGCAGAUGAUAUAUGACCAUCAGCAGAAAUAACUUUGGCGACUUCUGACAAUCUGCAUACUGACUGACAUCGCCUCGAUAUUUACUGUUCAUCUCAGUUCAUCUCGCUUCAGUUCCUCUGCGGUUCUGCUCAUAUUAAAGCACAUCUUCAUGAAAGUGCAUCUGAUUUAAACUUGAGGAAAUACAUCGCAAACAUCAUCUGUUCAUCUGACGUGCGAAGGUGAAGGCACUCAGCAUCACCCACUGCACACGACUGAAAGAUGAAGCUCGCUGGAUUUAUGCUCCUCCUCGUCAAUUCAGCGGCCUCCAUCAAUCUCAAAUACAUCUCCAAGAGGAACUCAGUGGACGGCUGUAUUGACUGGUCGGUGGACCUGAAGACAUACCGUGUGUUGGCCGGAGAGCCGCUGAGGGUGAAGUGCGCUCUCUUCUACAGCUACAUACGCACCAACUACAGCGUGGCCCAGAAUGCCAAGCUGCGGCUCAUCUGGUACAGGAACAAGGGCGACUCCGAAGAGCCCAUCAUCUUCUCGGGUCACCGGCUGAGUAAGGAGGGAGACUCCAUUUGGUUCCGCUCCGCAGAGAUGGAGGACAAUGGAUUUUACACUUGUGUGCUCAGGUGGGUCAUUAGCAAUUCAAACUCAAAUCAAGUGUGCAGUGAGAAAAACACAGCCCAAAGACAUCUGCAAUCUAACACUGCUGAUGUGACCCACUGUUACCUUGUUUACUUAGUAGGGCAUGAUGUGGCAAGAUGA